GGGUUCGUACCGGGAACAGAGUUCAUUUUAAUUUGCAUAAUUAGCGAAAGACAGUAAGAGAGCUAAGAGAUCUGACCUGUGUCAAUGAGUUUGCAAGACUAAUUUUUGCGUACCUUUUUCAUGUUUUAAGUUUUAUUCAGUUCAGUUUUUUUAAAUGCAGUUAAAUAUCAAAAUUUUCAGUGGUAGUGCAGAGUUUCAAUGUGAGCCUGAAAGCUCUUUUGUUUCUGUGAAUGGGUUACUGGGGCUUGAUCAGCACAGGGUAUUUGCACUACAGAUAGGACAUCCUGUUUGUGCUGAACUUGUGGACCCCUUCCUGUGAAUGGGUAUGCUCCAUUAUCGGCUCCUCUUUCUUUCUUGCCUGUGGUCUUUGUCAGCCUUCAGCUGAUGCCUUCACUGCCCCGGGUUUGUUUGAUCAACGCAACCAUGACCACGUGAACGCUCAAACCAAUUAUGGCCCCUGGCAGAGGCUUACGAUCAGGCUCAUCUUGUGCAGAGGGAUUUCUGCAAAUUGGAUCAGGCUUCUUACAGGGGCUUACCAUGACGUACUGCAACUUUGAGUUUAAUCAUGAGGAUCCUCGGCAAUCCUCCAUCUCUCAAGGAGAACAGAGCAUCGCAAUUAGCUUCACCUGAGUGUUAAGGGAGGAAAACCUGUAAAAGUUAGUGAAUCAAAGCUUUGUUAAGUUUUUUUUUGUCACAAUGGGAGAGGAGAUAUCUUUGGAGGAAUAACAUUCCAGUGCUGUCCCCGGGUCCUCCUGGGUUCUUCUUCUCUGCUCUUUUGCUGUGGGAUGGAUUACAGGUUGAGCUGAUUCCUGUCCUGUAUUGGUGGACCAGCUAAAGGAGACCCUGACAGCAAACAGACAGGGAACUGCAGGUUGGCGCAGUCAAGGACACUAAACCAAGGAGCUUUCUGGAAAUCCUGGUGCUCCUGUUGUUCUAGAUUAUCAUUUGAUUCGUCUUCACAGGUAGGGACGCACUGCAGGUUGAACUAUGGCGCUGAUGCUGGUAAAGUUUGAUCUGAAGAAGCGAGUAAAGCUCGCUCAGACUGUCUGGUUCAUGUACUGGUUUGCUGUAAUGGCCGGCGUGCUGGUCUUCAGCAUGGGCCUUUUCUUUAAGAUAGAGCUACGGAAACGAUCAGAACUCAUGGACAACAAUGAAAGCCACUUCUUACCGAACCUGCUCAUACUCAUGGGUCUAAUAGCCUGUGGCAUCAAUGCCUUUGGAGGCAAAGUCUGCUACGACUCAUUGGACCCUGUCAAGUUUGCCAAGUGGAAGCCAAUGUUGAAGAACUUCUUGGUAUUCUGCGUGGGCUUCAACGCUCUGCUAUUUGUAACGGCACUGUUGUGUUUCCUGAUGAGGAUCCCUUUGCAGUUCACCCUUGCUGAAGGGCUGAGGAACGGCAUGAGGUUCUACAAGGACACGGACACACCAGGUCGCUGCUACAUGAAGAGGACUCUGGAUCAGAUGCAGAUGGAUUUUCGUUGCUGUGGGAAUGACAACUACAGAGAUUGGUUUGAGAUUCAGUGGGUUAGCAACCGCUACCUGGACUUCAGCGCAAAGGAAGUCAAAGAGUAAGUGUCAAAGAUCUAAAAUUAUAACUCCCAUCAUCACUUUGGAAAGUUAAGGGUCUCAGAUCUGCUUGGUGAUGGUGCAGUGGGUGUUUUUGGCUCAAAGAGAUUGUCAUUGAACCUGAAAGUAUCAAGGUGGGAGCGUAAGUGGAUUUGAGGUGAAGGUAGGUCAGGGCAGGUGCAUUAUUCACUUUCGUUCACUGAAGAUUAGCAUCACUGAAAUGGCGGCCUUUAGGACUCCCAGGGUGGAAGAGGUUACUAGGCAGUUUUAUGGAUAAGGCGAGGGGAGGGGCUUGAGCGAUUAGCAACAGAAAAAGAUAUGAGGUCAAAAAGGCACGGAUUAGAGGGCAUUGUUCUAGUCCAGUAAAAUGUGAUGAACAUACUCACUUACAAACCUUUAAUUUAUACAGACUUGAUCUCUAUUGGUGCAACAGGCGUGCAUUAGCUCUGUGAGGAAUACUGCAGAGAAGUUUGAGCACUGGCGCUUAAUUAGUGUUUAAUCUCAGGGAUUACAGUGUCCAUGUCCUUUAAGUGUCCGACGUUUCCAAUCAGCAAAAUACUGAGGAACAUUCCAAAGACAGCAUGACCAAGUAAAAGUUCUCAAAUGAAAACUUUAAUGGUAAUGGACUGCAUCGUGGGACUGAAAAUCUAAUACCUGAACUUAGAAAAGAAGACUUUUAGUUAUGGCCCGUUGGUGGUUGUGAAGGUUCUCAACCAUUCAGGUCAUUGAGGUCUAAUCCAAAAGGCAACUGGCCAAACCAAGUCCAUUUGCCUUUUGGAUUAAACUUGGAAAUGUCCCAACACUCUUAAACAUUAUACAAACUGGUACUGGUCAUCUUUAUUAUUAUCAGCAUCUUGAAUAGUAUUCAACACAGCCUAUACUAUGGAUAUGGAUCAAAGAGGUUUCUUGGGUUUUCAUGGGGUUUGACUGGGUGUUAAAAUCAUCCAUUCAUAUCUGACCUUCUGUGGUGUCAGUGAUCCAAUUAUAAGGUCUUUCUGUUGGCCUACAACCGUCAAUCACAGCUGAGCACUCACACUUAUAUGCUCAUUGUCAUUUACACUUUUGUGUCAGGUCCAAAUGCAUGAACAAUGUAAAACUUUUCCUACUUUUUUGGUGUUUGUUCACCAGUUGCUGUCUUCUUCUGGGUCUACAGGUGGUCUAGAUGGAAAAAAAGAUUUCUAAAUGUUAGAUGCAACACAAGCCAUUCAAUCAGCUCACUAGAUGUUCAGUUUACCCUUCCUACCCCCCACUUACAUUAUUACAAAAUAAUAAAAUCCCUUUUGUUGUUUUCAGGUAUAUAAUAUUGAGGUUUGCUUGAAAAAAAGUUUCUGUUAUGCUUUGUGGCAGAACUUUAUUUAACUUGGUUGCAUUGCACAGCUGGAGAGAUACUUCCUAUAUAGCACAACUUUAUGUUUUGGCUUAAUGCGUGCCCAACUUUGCUAAUUUUAGCCUGCACACGCCACAGAUAUAGUCCCUCACCUUUAAUCUCACCUUCAACUUCACAUAACGUGACACUGACAUGUCACUCUCCCCUCAUCCUCUUAGCCGUAUUGGGAGCAAUGUGGAUGGACAGUACCUGAUGGAUGGAGUCCCAUUCAGCUGCUGUAACCCCAGCUCCCCAAGACCCUGCAUCCAGAUCCAGAUGACCAACAACACUGCCCACUACAGCUAUGAUCACUACACAGAGGAGCUCAACGUUUGGAGCCGCGGCUGCAGUGAAGCUCUACUGUCCUACUAUGGAGGCAUGCUGAACACCAUCGGGGCGCUGGUGCUGCUGGUCACUCUGCUGGAGGUCAGGGCAUCAACACAAAAACACAAAUACACAAAAUGAAAACUCAAACAACAUGUGUAACAUGGAAUCACCAGUUAUAGUCAUAAAUGGGUCUCGAAUUUGUUGUUUUAUUCAUCCAUUCCUAUAAAGUGGAUCGACCAGCCCAAACCAAAGAGCUUAAAAAAAGCAAUCACAGAGCUCUGACACAAGAAGCAGUCCAGGCUGCUGAGCUACCUGGCUAAUGUCAACCAUCAACAUUUGGCUUUAUGCCUCAGGAGCACUUCUCUUCACUGUCAGUUUUUGUUUCAACUCUGUCCCAUAUAAGACAAACAUUUAUGAUUGGCUCAGUCUGAACUUGGUCUAAUGGAAGUUUGUCUAAACUGGAGGGUCUGCCAGAUCAAAAUAGCACUAAAUGAAAUAGUUGAGUAGGUUAUAAUACGCCAAAGGAUAGCUAGCAGCAGAAUGCAUCAUAACAACAUUUCUACAGAUAGAACUUGGACAGUACUUUUGAUCGAUUUUGUUACUUGCAAAUAACCACUACUAAAUCUACAGCGGUUAUCGAUGCAGCAGAUCUUGAAAUUCUAGUUCAGGGUACCUGAAGUUUCUCUGAAGGCGAGAUCAAAUGGAGCGCACUAUAAUUCAGCUCUGUUCAUUAUUUUUCCAAUCAUUGGAGGGUGGAAGUUACCAAAACCCAGAUUUGGUAGCCAAGCAAUAAGUUCUCACUGUGAAGCUUUUCCUUAUGUAUAUUGAUGUAUAAGUGUACAAGUAGAAUUUUUAAAUACUGGGUUUUAACAGAUAUCAAAUGGUUAUCUAAGUUGGUUGUAGUCAGACGUUUCCCCUUGGUUUUUGCGAAGCCAUUAUUGGUGGUCGCCAUAUUGGAAAUGUGGACUCAGUGUAACUUUUAUCAAUCUAAUGGUGCGGUCUGAUUACCUCUAAAAAGUUGGAUGUUGGAGCUGGAAAUAGUGUUACAUUCAAGUUGAUGGCAUUUACUAUCUGUAUGACUGUUUACAUGCAAAAACAAAUGAUAGUCUACAGACAGAACUUUUGAAAUGCUUUUGAGAUAAUAGGAAUUUAAUAUUAAGCAGCACACCCAAUGACAUCUUCAACAGGCAACUUGGGUUCUUCCUGACUUCUGAGGUCAAAUGGAGGAGAUUAUAAACAGGGGCAAAGAGGGAUUUAGGUGGGCCUUUAGCUGUCUGGCAAACAGAUCAAGUGCACCCACCUCUCAGUCAAACUAACCACGCACCUGAUUAUGCAACACGUAACUCAUCGCUCUGAUAUGACCAAGAUGGAUAAGUUGAAACAAUUUCAACUCCCCUACAUUUAUACACACAAAGUAAUGAGCAACUAAAACCUAAUUUUGAACCUCGCUGUGAAUGUUUUUAUUGGGGUGUAUCAGGUUUCCUAUGCUUUUAGAACCAGUCUCAAGUGGACACUUUAGGAACUGCAGAUAGUUGCAUUAAAAGCAUGAGCUUCUUCUGCUAGAAAAUGAGACUACCUCUUGGGGCCUCACUAUAAAUUGUUAAACUGAGUUACAAUAGGCUUAUUACUGCCCCUUGAGACUGGAGAAUCUAAAACACCCAACGACCCCUAAUGUUUCUGAACAUUUGUAGGAAUGGAUGUUUAUUUCCACCCCUUAAAACAACCUCAGGUUUCAGACAAGUCAAAGGUGGAAUAUUUACAACAGUAUUAUUGAUUGUACUCCUUAACUUCAAACACUAUUCAUUAAUAUAACACUUGUGUUUAGAAAUAUGUAACUUUGCUGUAAAGAGCAUUAUCGUGGUAUAUGUACAGAUGGUUUUGAGCUUCUUCAUCUCUUGUAUCCAGUUUACACAGUGAGCCAUGAUUGGCUCCAAAUUUAAUGUGAUCACUAAGUAACUUUCCCAAUUAAGCAGUUAAAUGUGGACACAGCCUCCGACUGUCUGACUCUGCCCAUACAUCAUCCUCCAGGAUCCAAAUGUCUAGAUUAUUCGAAAGUCAAGUGAGGAUAUGUAUGGCCAGAUGGUUCAAGUGAGAGGACAAGCCUGUGUAAACACUUGCAGGAUAGAACGCUGACCCAGUUGGCACUUCCUUUUUUACACCUCACCUCCAGCAUCAUCUGCGUGCAAUUACUCCUCACCAAACAAGUCAGCUCUCCUCCUGCCACACUGCCAGGUAUCCCUACGCCACCUUUGCCUGCAGCUUACCUGGAGAGUCUCACCUACUCCUUUAAACCUAAAUGUUAAUCCAGCAGCCAACUGGCAUGUCGCCCCAGCCCAAACUCAAAUCUGUUGUUGUUGUUCAUGUCCAAGAACCUGCAAUCCAUUUCCAAGAACCAGGACAUGAACAGACAAAUCCGUAGAACUUGAUGACCUCCGUCGUGAUCGCUUCAUUAGCGCCUCUGGUGGCAGUAAAUAUCGUCCUAUAGAUCAACCCAGACACCUAUGAAACCAGGCAGGCAAACCCUUCAGAAAUCUCAGCUCCAAGCAGGACCCUGAAUGUUGCAAUAAGAUUUGAGACGAGUUAUGCAAGCUCCUCUGACACAGAUAGUGAGUAAUGGGCUAAUCUAAGAGAGGUGACGAGGACAGACCCACUUCCUGGAUAUUGAGCUCUCGGUCUGAUUUUGGAUCAGUGCUAAUAAUCUUAAAUUAGCUCUCCACAUUCCUACAGAGGUAAAAAGGUCUUUUGAGAACUUAUUUGUAUAUAUUUAUACAUUUUUUGGUCAUUUUUUAAACUCCUCUACACAUACCCACAUGUUCCCAUUUUCCUGUACGCAAAGACACACGCUUUGGUAGAUAUUGUAGUCUGACUUUGCCCAUUUACAGACUUUAUAUUUUGGAGUUCUCAUGAGAGAGAAACAAACAGCUAUAUGUAUUAUUGGUUAAUCAUCAAGCUUUACUCUUUAUCAAUUAGUUGCUUAUUCAACGAAGUAUAAAUGCUAAGUGCAAUUUGCCAAAGGAAUUGUCAAACUGUAUGUUGUUUGUUUAAAAAGCAGUCAAAUCAAGUAACAAACUCCAUAAAGCAGUAAAAUCUCUCAUUUUAGAGGCUGAAAUCACAAAGUAUUCAAAGUUUUGGCAAGAAUUGUUGUUUUGCACUCACAGACUUAUUGUAAGAGCAUAUAAUCCACCGUCACCAAGGGCAGAGACAGACUUUUUAUGACUGGGGUGUCCAGACUGAGCUAAUGACAUAUUCAGGAUGUGUGCGCAAAUAUACAAUGAAAGGUAAUUGUUCACCUCUUCUGUAAGUACUCAUCGUGUUUGAAUGAAAAUGAAAGAUAUCUUAUACAUAAAGUGGAAACGUUUAAAUCUUUUUAGCUUUAAUCUAUUAGGUUAAACAAGAAGAUCCCUGUCUAGAGUCAUAAUUAGAACAAAGAAAGCUCCUAGCAACCUGUAGAAAAACAGCCCACGGUUUAUUCUAACUUUAGCACUGACGCUGACAUGACAAAUAGCCAGUCAUUAAGUACAUUUGUAUGAACCAUUAAUUCAAGCUACAGUAGCUCAAUUACACUAUUUUAUUGGACUGGUGUACUUGUACCCACUAAACAAGUACCUUGUAAGAAACAAUAAAUGCCGAAAAAAAAUAGGUGGCAAAAUGACCCCCUUUCAGCUCGUUAAUAUUGGACCCACCUUUAUGUCAUAUACUGAAACAAGUGACUAGUUAGUUUUAUAUUGAAAAGUGUUAGCAAUUUCCCCCUGAGGAUUAAUAAAGUAUUUCUGAUUCUGAUUCUGAUACAUGGAAAACAUAUCAGCUCUGUACCCUUGGUAUACUGCACAACACGACACGACAUGAAACAAUACAAUACAAUAUUAUAUGGUAUGAUAGGAUACAUUACAAUACACAACACUGAUGUGAUAAGAUAUGAUACGAUACAAUACUGUAUCACAUGAAGGGAUACUAUACGAUACAGCACACAACACUAUGCUUUGCUGUGCUACUCUCCAGCUUACUUAAACAUACUUAUGCGUGUUAAACACACUUAAACACACUUAUGUGUGUGUAAGUACUAAUGUUGACAUCUGGGUCAAAGCCUGUUUGUGUGUAAACUGAAUAGCUUGGGCCUAAGCCCGUUGCAUAUACAUGGCAUCUAUAUACAUUUGAUUUAGUGCUAUUUUAAUCAGACGAACAUAUUUACUUAUAAUUUUAAAUUCAAGGUUCAGUUAAACUAAUGCAAUGGGUCAAUUUUUUAGGAUGUUGGGUGGCACAUCAGAUUCUAAGAUUCACCAGUUGAAUUGAUGAUACUUAUUUUUAAUUGACUUAUCUUGAUGAUGGCAGUUUCUUUGAGUCAAGCAAAUUCUUGAGAACUUCAGAUAAAUUUAAGUUUUUUUAAGUGUCUUUUUGCCCAUUAGUAGCAGACAUAUUUUUUGCUCCUCAGGGGUUGAUACUGUGUUUUCAGCUGUACCUUAUCUCGGUCCCUGUCCAUUUCAGAUUGGCGUAACCAUCGGCCUGCAGUACGUGGACUCCUCCCUGUCCACCCUGGCUAACCCUGACGACCCGGAGAGCGAGAGCGAGGGCUGGAUCCUGGAGAAGACGGUGAAGGAGACGUUCACUGACAUCAUGGCCAAAAUGAAGGCCAUGGGCAAAGGCAGCAAGGUGGAGGAGGGGGGCGAGGCGGUUGCAACAGUGAGCUGAGCUGACCCCCCAAUCCUGCAACAAAAACUGACAUCGCUCCCACCUGAAGAGGAGAGGACAGGGAUGUGUGAGAAUGCUACAUUUUUCUACCAACGUUUAUUAUGUAGACACAGCACACGUAUUCUACUAUGAAGCCCUUUUUGAAUGGACUCCUUCAUACAAAUGAACUCCUUGCAUUGAUAAUUAUAAGCUGUGUAUUCAUACAUAGAGAGAGAUUAUAGGAUGAGUUAUGUCAUGGUUUUUUCUUUUGGUUUUUCCCAACCAAACAAGUCAAUCUCA